CCGCGCGCGACGCUUUGACGGUCCUUACCAGCUCGUCGACGUCGAUGAAUUCGAAUUCGGAGGACAUGAGACGUUCGGGUGGUUGGCAAAUACUAUUUUAGCAUACCUGGUGACCUCAGGAUGGCUCCCAGCCUCUUCGACGCCCACCCCUAGACGCAUAUAUGCGUUGCCAGCCGAAGCACUACCCAAGGACCUUGCUAAGAUGUCGUCAUGCAAGCGAAUGGAAGCGGUCGCCGACAUUGCUGCUCCAGGCUAUCUCGAAUCGGAGGGCAUCCCAUGUUUGAUGAACUCGAAGGUCUCUGUAGGAAGUCGGGAUCGUUCCCUGGUGUUUGUUUACAUCGAUAACGCUGCUCCGGCAAGUGUUCCUGGAGAGGAGCACCUCGUUGAUAUAGGCGAGUCCAUCGUACAGUUCUUCGCUUCACACCCCGAACUUUUCGACUUCCACAGUUCAUGAGAAGUUCGUCCAGCUCGCGCUCGGUUCCCCGGCUCCCUCGAAAAUAGCGACAAGCGCUACGAAAUUCAAGGAGGCGCAAGACAGACAUCCCGUUUACAUGGGACGCCCACUAAGCACCCGUACUGGUCCCCCAAUCGCAAUUUACGUGGGCGCCUUUGCGCGUCUGCGAGAUAAGCUUGCGUCACUCGACGACCGUAACGCGAUGCAAGAUGCUCCUAGGCCCGAGCCGUUCAUCCUCAGGACAGUCGCGGAUCUCUUCAUACAGUCGUGCGAGCUCUAUCCUACGGAGGCGGACCGCGAGAAGGCUGUCCUUCCCCUCCUCGAGGAGCUACUAGGCGUUAAGUUGUCGCGGCACCACCCCAUAUCCCCUGGCGAGAAGUUGGCCGAGUUUGACGCUGUUGACUUCAUCGACUUGGGUGGUACAGUUCAGGCAUAUACUCUUGUCGUCGAAGUGAAGAAUGAGCUAGGUAUAGCUGGCUCUAGUGGCGUGCAGUGUGCUUUUAGAUACGAAAAGGCUGUCGCCCUUCCCAGCUAUCAACGCAUCCGUAGCGUUUCGUGCUGCCCCAGCAUCCUCGUCGCGGUGGCCGGCCCUUACGUUUGCUUCUAUGGCGCUAUUCUCGCAGACACCUUCAUCGUCCAGCCCUUCACGGACUACAUCUACCUUGGCGGGGACCCGGACCCGGACGAACGUAUCAUCCAUACGGCCAGGCGCUUCUCAGCAUUCAGAGAGGCCAUUCGCGAACUGAGAUCAUACUUCAGGGGCCUACAUCUGGACAUUUCUGGACCCCUGCGAGCCGCACGUCUUCCCUGUCCGACGUAUACUAUCAGCUCUGACGCCCUCCGAAACUUGCGUUUCAUUGAUCGUUUCCGUUACGAGGGAUUCCGCAGCGAUGACCAAGACCACUUCGACCGUUCGCUCUUCUCCGCGAAGCUCAACGACAAAGCUGUCCUCGUCAAGUUCUGCACGCGGUAUGGUGCGGACGCCCAUCGGUAUCUGGCGGGCAAGAAUCUCGCCCCUGUACUGCAUCACUGCAUCGAGCUUGUAGGAAAGGUGACCAUGGUGGUCAUGGACGUCGUGGAGGAUGCAGCGAGUGCGUACUACAAGUACAUCAAUCGUGACUUGCCGAAGAGUUUGGUGGAUGAGGUUGAGAAGGCGGCCAAGGCUCUCCACGACGAGGGAUACGUUCACGGGGACAUACGCCGACCAAAUAUCAUGGUGCGGGAAGGCGAUAUGCUGAGCGUGAUGCUUAUCGACUUUGAUUGGGCUGGAAAAGCUGGACAGACGCGCUAUCCGGUUAGUCUCAAUCUCUCCGGCAACAUUACUUGGGCGGCAGGUACAGAGGCGGGGGGUCUUAUUGUUACCGGCCAUGAUGACCACAUGGUUGAGAUGCUUCGUAAAGGUGGCAAAUGACGAUGUUAGCUUGUUUCAUUUGACCUGCUAUGACCUAUCCCUGGGAUCUAGGCACCAUGGGUAGGGUUAGGGAGGGAGAUCGAAACCGAGCGAAGCGAGGUGAGAUCGACCGGUUAGGGUUGAGGGUGGGUUAGGCGAGCUGAGUCAAC